CGUCAAGCGGCAGGCGCGGGUGAAGGCCAAUCAAGCGCUCUCAUGGGGGCGUGGGCGGAGCCUCGGCGGCAGGGUGAAAGCGGCGGGUCCCGGCGCAGGGAGCGGUGUUGGUGUUGGUAGAAAUGAAGAGAAAUUACUGGAGAGGCAAAGAAAAGCAUGGAUGGAAUAAUCGCAAGCACAGCUACCGUCCCCGUCAGUACAGAAGGCCCAAUCACAAUAACUGUACUGAAAGGCCAGAACAGGAGGAACCACAGAUUGCAGUGAAUGCUGGCCCCAGCAGCAGUGGAGAUCCCUCUUCGUCCAGUUUAACACAGAGCUCUGUACCAGAACUGCCAGGAUUUUACUAUGACUCAGAAAAGAACCGCUAUUUUCGCCUACUGCCUGGACAUAAUAACUACAACCCGCUCACCAAGGAGAGCAUUCAGUACAAGGCAAUGGAAUGCAAAAGACUGAGACUCUUAGAAGAGGAAGAAAAACAAAAGAAGAAGACAGCAAGGGCUGGACUGAACUCAUCUAUGCUGUUACAGAAAAGGCAGCUGGGGUUGCUCAGCUCCACAAGUUACUGCAGGCUGGUCCAUGAACUAAAAGUGAACUGCAUGCAGAGGAGGAAGAUAGAAAUUCGCAGUCCAGACUCCUCAGUUGCUGGAACCAACAAUUUUAAAAUCAUUGUGGCAGAUGUUGCUUGUGAACGGAUAUUCACUGUGAACGAUGUAGAGCAUGGAGGAUGUAAAUAUGGUAUCAUCAACCUCAGUGGUCUGGGGAAGGAGUCUCUCACUGUGGAGAUGUAUGAUAACCUCUACUUCACAAACCGCAAAGUGAAUUCUGUGUGCUGGGCCUCACUGACUCAUCCAGAUUCUCAUGUUUUGCUGUGUCUCAUGGGAAUUGCAGAAACACCAGGCUGUGCCAGUCUGCUUCCAGCAUCACUGUUCAGCAGCACUAACCCAGGAGAUCGACCUGGAAUGCUGUGCAGCUUCAAGAUAUCCACUGCCUGGUCCUGUGCUUGGUGCCUGAAUCCCCAAGCAGACAACUGCUUCAGCACAGGCCUGACACGACGAGUUCUUGUGACCAAUGUAGUGACAGGGCAUCGACAGACAUUUGGAACCAGUAGUGAUGUAUUGGCACAACAGUUUGCCACACAGACCCCGGUGCUGUACAACGGCUGCCGUUCAGGUGAGAUUUUCAGCAUUGAUGUGCGUCAACGCAACCGAAAGGGCCAGAGCUGGAAAGCAAUUCGUCUCUUCCACGACUCAGCAGUUACAUCUAUUCGCCUUCUUGAGGCUGAACAUUAUCUUAUGGCAGCAGAUAUGGCUGGAAAGAUAAAACUGUGGGACCUGAGAAUAGCAAAGUGUGUGAAACAGUAUAAAGGUCAUCACAACGAAUACGCAGUUCUCCCUUUGCAUGUAAAUGAGGAGGAAGGACUUCUUACAGCAGUUGGUCAGGAUUGCUACACCAGAAUUUGGAGUCUCCAAGAUGCCCAUCUUCUUAGAACCAUCCCUUCUCCCCACCCAUCCUCCAAAGAUGCCAUUCCCAGUGUGGUGUUUUCUUCAAGACUUGGGGGUAGCCGAGGAGUUCCUGGCUUACUCAUGGCUGUCAAACAGGAUCUCUACCACUUCUCCUAUAACUGACACAAUAUUCUCCUCAGACGUGGUCUACAAAACUGCCAGCCUAUACAUGAUUUCAAUAUCUUUGCACCAGUCACCAUGCUGUUGAAUCACUAUGUGCUGCUGUUGUAUCUGCUUUACCCAUGAAAUUCUGAACCUCUUUCAGAAGGUUCAGCAAAUCUUGCUGUAUACAUCUCGGACACCUUGUAAAUAAAAGCUGGAUGCUGAUUAACUUCUUAGGCAACAUUCAGCCUCUUUGAAAUCUAGCUAUAAGCUUUGAAAAGCUGGUAACGUGCUGUAAGGGCCUGACUCAUGCUAGCUGAAUUUGCUGUCAAAAGGCUGCUCUAACUUAAUUCUAGUUUGGUCAUACAACCACUGUGCUGUGGUUACAUCUACGUUAGCAAGUAGGCUGAUUUAGCAGAAUGAAGUAGCCGGUAAUGAGAGAGCUGAUGCUGUAGGUAUUCUGGGGCUUUGUUCAGAGUAGCUUUGGUCUGGGUCUCUGCAUCAGCCAUAUCUACUACAUCUGUAGUUAGAAGCAGGCCAGGGAACGGUGGUUUCUGCAGUCACAGUGUUGGUCCUUUGAGCUGGGCCACGCUAAACUUUGUCCUUUUCAGAUGAUGGUAGUGUGCCUCUGCCCUGCCACCAUUCCCUUUAAAAGGCAGCAGGUGUAGAACAAAGCCCAUUUUCUGGUCGGGUAGCCAGGCUGAAUGUCCCUGUUAACUUAUCAGAGUGUUUCCUAACUAGGGCCACACCCCUACCUUGGAGUUUGGGUAGCAGUCUGGAAUGGCAGGCUUGCUUACGCAGCUGUAGCAGGAGAACCGUAUCCUCUGGGACAUGAGAUGACCUGUGCACUCAGGGCUUUUGCAUAGAGAGGUACAACUGGGCCCUCAGCUGCAAAGUUGUAGCACCAGCUUCUGGUAAUUGUAUGACACUUCAGGAGCCUGCACCUGUAUUUGAGAACAAUUAUCAUCCCAUGAAGCCUUAUUACCUCAGCUCCUUCCUGGUAACCAGUCUGGGUUGGGCAAGACGGUCCUGCAGCUAGGAAGCACUGACAAGAUCAGGAGCCUACAGGGGGUGAAGGCCCUUGUGAACUAGGUGGGGCUACCGACAGGCUUCACUAGAAAGACAUGCUGUGCUUAGGUUUUCCAAAAUUCUUAGAAAAGGAAUUCAGGAACUGCCUUUCCAUCCUGGGAUCCACUUAGAGCAUUCUGAUGUACAAUUGUGUCAUCAGACAUGGGAUCCUGUCCAGUCAGGAGGUGAGCAUACAAACAGGUUAUCAUCACAUCCUUGCUGCACAGCAUGUUAAGAUGGAGGCUGUGUCCAGCUGGCCUGGUGAGAUGGCAGUGUUGGAGAGCUAGGCUGGGUGUCUGCAGUCCCAGUGCCUUCUGAAAGCAAGUACAGGCUGCACGUCUACACAAAGGUACACAUUGCUGGUGACUAUAGGUGUGGCCUAUAGUUGGGAGUACCCAGUGCAGCACUCGCUCCUGGGAUACUGUCUGUGUCUUCAUUGCAGAGGGGUACAACAGUGCUGAGCAUCCUGAGAAGGAAGGGGCUUGCAAGUCCCCAUCAAAGCUUUUCUACUUCACCAAAUUGCAUUCCAGGAAUAAAAAACCCAGGGCCAAUACCUGUCUUUUGACUGCUUACCCCAUUUACUCCACCAUAUUUUUUGAGCAGGCAUAAUUUGUUUUCCAAAGCCCUUCUUGGCUCUGCUGUGUGAUGUCCUGUGCCUGUAGUUCUGUUGCUGAAACCCUUCUGGGGUUUAGGGCCAACUGGCUUGCUCAAAGGGGCAUGGAAGGCAGGAAGUAGCAGAAACACCUUUUCCAGCAGCAGUGCUCCAGCAGCAUAUCUGCUCUCCAUGUAUAAGCAGAGGCAGGGGAUGCAGUAACUGUAGGUAUGUUGAAGAGCAGUUGUAGUAUGGCUACAGCCCAAAGUAGGUGAGGGAUGCUCUGUUGGUUAAUUGUACAGCAGAGUACCAAGCACUCCUGUUCCUGCCCUUGGAGAAAACCUUCACCACUACCCUCCUAGGCAUGCUACAAAGGUUUCUAGCUCUUUUAUUUCUCGGUGGAUAUUAUUAUUCUUUUGUACCUAAAGCUUUUGGCCAGAGCAACCUAUUUAACAGAGGGAUUGCACGGCCACCACCAUCAUGAUGCGCCAUCAGCUCCAUUCCACCUCACACUGGUGCAUGUGCAGGGAAAGCUCUCAGGCUGUAACCAAGCAGGAGUAUUUGCAAUUAACCAAGUGGGUUGGCAAAACUGUUCCAUCUGUCACAAAAUGUUUUUCCCAGAGAAGGACAGCAUGAGUUGCCACACGAGCCCAGCACUGUUAACAGCGAUGAGGCACUCAAGGUUGUGGUGUGAGCUCUCCGUGGACUUGGUGUUGCAGCCAGUUCAUCCCUUUGCAUCCCUGCUACUGGUCUGAGCUCAUUAAGCAUGCUUCAUGAGUGUGUCUCUGGCUUGGCUUCCUCCAAAAGGAACAUCACAAGUGCCCUGCAUUCCAAGUCCAAUACAGGGAGAUUCCUGUCACAAAACUAGUGUGAACCUGAGCACACCUGGGUUUUUGUUUGUUUCCAAUGCACUCCUCUCCCCUUCCAUAUUUCAAAUAUAGAUGCCAGGAAGGGCUGGCCCUACUAAAAUCUUCUCUGUUCUGCAGGGCUUCACACCCAUUUCUCUUGCCCUCCCACAACCUUCAGGCCUAAGCAACAUGGUGUUCUAAGAAACAUGUCUUCUCAGCAGCUCUUAUUGCUCACCAUGCUCCAAUGGUAUGUGUGGUGAUUUCCUUCCCUUUCUUUGUAUUUAUUUUAACCAUAGAAGACACUAGAGCAGGAAAACUCUCCUCUUGGGAGCAGUGUAAUAACAUUACAGUGUGACUAUAUUCUAAUGAAAAAGCUGUUGCAAGGGUAGUCAAGAUGAAAGAUGAAUCCCAGCAAAUAUUCAAAAUAGUUUCUUCCCUGAGUAUACAUUCAAAACCCCCAAAUCUUUCUUGUAUCCCAUUAACAGCCAUCUCCCGUUUCCCUGUAGGCAGACUGAGCUGUGAAUUCCUUACAACUACAGCUUCCCCAAUGCAUCUGUGUUUAACAUUUCUCUGCAGAGCUUGCUUUCUCACACAAAGCAGAGCGGAUGCUGCUCACAGCAUGCUCUGUGCUGCCCCUCCUCUCUACAGAACUUGCUUAUAAGCCCAAGGGUCCUCUGUUCUCCUCAGAUGGUGA